GCGCACGCGCUGCCCAGAGCCAACAACCAGCCGCUGCCGCUGAUCAAACAGAUCAAUGAGGAGGUAACAAUAAACAAUGUGUGUAUAUUUUCGUCGAGAUUCGACAGAAGAAGAUUUAGAUUUAAGGACCUUUUUCGUUUUAUGGAGCCGACAGGGUGUCUCAAAGAAAAAGAGGAUUAUGCUCUGUAUAUAUUUGCCCCAGAUAAUAACAUAAGAAGGUUCUGCACGUGGAUGGUAACACGCAGUUGGUUCGACAACAUAGUUCUGCUGUUCAUAGCACUUAACUGUAUCACAUUAGCUAUGGAACGACCAAACAUACCUCCAGACUCGAAAGAAAGAGCAUUUCUGUCCAGUGCCAAUUACGUAUUCACCGUCGUCUUCGCUGUGGAAAUGUUUAUUAAGGUGGUAGCAUCUGGAAUGUUCUACGGUCCAGAAGCGUAUUUCACUUCGGGUUGGAAUAUUAUGGACGGUUCAUUAGUCAUCAUAUCUAUUAUCGACUUGCUAAUGUCUUUAGUGUCUGAAUCCAGCCCGAGGAUAUUCGGAAUCUUGAGGGUUUUUAGAUUGCUCAGAUCAUUGAGGCCCUUGAGGGUAAUCAAUAGGGCGCCCGGAUUGAAACUUGUUGUGCAGACUUUAUUGUCAUCAUUGAGACCUAUUGGAAAUAUUGUAUUGAUUUGUUGUACUUUUUUCAUAAUUUUUGGAAUUUUGGGAGUUCAGCUGUUUAAAGGGGCGUUCUUCUAUUGCGAAGGCGCAAACAUCAAGAACGUGAAGAACAAAUCGGAUUGUCUGGCGAUAGAGGGCAACGUGUGGGUGAACAGGAAAUACAAUUUCGAUGAUCUCGGCAAAGCUUUGAUGUCGCUGUUCGUGCUCAGCUCGAGGGACGGCUGGGUCAAUAUCAUGUACACUGGGCUCGAUGCGGUUGGGGUCGAUCAACAGCCAAUAGUAAACUAUUCAGAAUGGCGUCUCCUGUACUUCAUUGCGUUCAUAUUAUUGGUGGGGUUUUUCGUGCUAAACAUGUUUGUGGGAGUUGUUGUGGAGAACUUUCAUCGCUGUCGAGAAGAGCAAGAGAAGGAAGAAAGAGUGAGGCGAGCCGCAAAGAGGGCACUACAGAUGGAAAAGAAGAGACGUAAAAUGCAUCAAAGGCCGUACUACUCCGACUAUUCGCAAACGCGCCUGUUCGUGCACAAUGUUGUCACUUCCAAAUAUUUCGACUUGGCCAUAGCCGGCGUUAUCGGGCUGAACGUAGUCACAAUGGCGAUAGAAUAUUACAGGAUGCCGCCGGCGCUCCAAUACGCUUUAAAAAUAUUUAACUAUUUCUUCACUGCCGUGUUCAUACUUGAGGCCGCAAUGAAACUCGUUGCCCUCGGCUUUAAGAUUUACCUGAAAGACAAGUGGAAUCAGCUCGAUGUGAUCAUUGUAAUUUUAUCUAUUGUCGGAAUAGUAUUAGAAGAGCUAGAGACUAACAUUAUCCCAAUAAACCCAACUAUUAUGAGAGUGAUGCGAGUGUUGCGAAUUGCAAGGGUUUUGAAAUUGUUAAAGAUGGCUAAAGGAAUUCGAGCUUUGUUGGAUACGGUGAUGCAAGCUCUUCCGCAAGUGGGCAACUUGGGAUUACUAUUUUUUCUAUUAUUCUUUAUAUUCGCUGCAUUGGGAGUGGAGCUCUUUGGCCGUUUAGAGUGUUCGGAUGAAAUUCCUUGUCAAGGUCUCGGUGAACAUGCUCAUUUUGCUAAUUUUGGAAUGGCAUUCCUUACACUGUUCCGCGUGGCAACCGGCGAUAACUGGAAUGGUAUAAUGAAAGACACAUUGAGAGAAGACUGCGACAGCUCCGUCGAUUGCGUGCGAAAUUGUUGCGUGUCUACUAUUAUCGCGCCGAUAUUUUUCGUCGUUUUCGUACUUAUGGCACAAUUUGUCCUCGUCAAUGUCGUCGUCGCUGUGCUAAUGAAACAUCUUGAAGAAUCCCACAAACAAAUGGAAGACGAGAUCGAUAUGGACGUGGAACUAGAAAGGGAACUGGAAAGAGAAGCCGAUGAUGAGGAAGACAGAGCUCUGUGCCGAGCUCUCGAACAAUGCACCUCCCCGCCGCGGCCUUUGAACAAGGUACCUUCAUUGCCUGCUAACUUCACGUACAGCGAGCCCAAACAUCAGCCCAUACCAUCUCCUCGCCGCCGCCGUACAUUACAUUCCCAUCACGCAUUGCUCCCAGCCGCCUUACCUCAAAGGAGAGCUUCGUUGUCUCCCCAUGCGUUUGGUCGCCGUCGGCAAGACUCCUCAGCGGACGCGCCGGCCGCUCUGUACGAGGAAGACGCACGUUUUAUCGACGCUGACGAUGUCGACGAGCUGGAACCCGGCAGUCCCCCGAGACGGGAUUCCUUCGCACAGAAUCGACGGCAACGCGUCGAUAAAAGGAAUUCACUGCGCAGCGAAGAAGCCAGAUUGCUCCGCCCUGCCCCAGUGCUACUCACAGUUCCUUCUACGAGACAGAGCUUAAGAGAUAAGACUAAACGUAGACCGUCUACUGAGUCCGCGACGGCGAGUGAAGUGAGCCACGCAUCAUUCCGAUCGAAAGAAGAUCCGUCAAUUAAAUUAGAUCAAGCGAUAACGGAGGAAGAAAAGAUUAGAAUAGUGAUAGCUGAGAGACGGAAAAUAGACACAGGAAGGCCCGAGCCAGACGAUAUAGUGGAGUUAUCGGAGUGUGGCUCCUAGUCCAGGCAGGGCCGGCCGCACCAACAUCACGAGGUUUACAUCUAAAGCAAGUCUUGUGCCCAUUUACCCCUCUGUGCUCCAACUCCUAUCCUAAUUCCUCUAAAGGACACGUCGUGAAGGACUUCGAAGCUUGAACUCGGUUGCUUCAAAGUUACUUGUGUUAAAAGUUUGUGAAAAGUAUGUUCGAGUGGUUUUGAGACUAAGUGUUAACGUUUGGAAUCAUUUACACUCCCUUUUACCUGUAGAUAUCCUUUACCUAAGUUUUCUACUUGCGGCCGGUUCAAGAAAUACAGACUCUUAAAAAUUUAUUUAAAUAAAUCGUAUUGAAUUAGAUAGCUAUUAGAACUAGUCAAUUUGUGGUGGUGGUACAUUUUCUACGAACGCUGAUGUUAUUUUAAACUAUAUUUCGUAAAUUAGUACGGUGCUUGCUGCGUAAGUUUUGUUCGUUACGUGUAAAGACAUUAAACGUUUUCAAUGAACCUCAACGAAAUGGUGGUUUAUUAAAUUAUUUUUAUUAAUGUUUAUAUGUAGUCAUUGUUUUAGAAUCAAUGUGAAUGUUAAAAUUGAUUUUGUAUAUGUAUAGUAUUACGGGUUUCGAAUCAUUGAAAGUUAUUAUUUAAGCCAACGAUUAUUGAAGCCUAUUGUUUGUGUAUAUUUAGUCGCGAGGAACUUCUAGUAAACGACUGUUUAGUAAUGUAGCAUCUACUUAUAAUUAAAUUUAUGUCACUGUCACGUACCUUAAGAUUGAUAACAGAACCAAACGUUCGCGAAUUGAAUAUUUCUCUUUUAAACGAAAUUGUAUUUUCUGAAUAUAAAUGAAUCCUAUUUUCGUACAGAAUUAUGUAAUUUAGUGUUCACUAUUAAUACGCACAUAAACCUAGAUUUACUUAAUUUAAAAGCCAUUACUUCCGAAUGUAUCCCAAAAUAUGAAUAAACACAAAAAAAAGUAUUGCUUUUAGCUAUAAUGUAGCUAAAUUAACAUUAUUUUUAUAGUACGAUAAUUUAUUAUUAUUCGGUAAACAAACAUUUGAAUGUGCCAAAAAAUUGUAUCAUUUCUUUUUUGUUUAAGAUGAGACAUAAUUCUUUGGAUAUCCUUACUUUGCAACCAAGAUCUUAAAAUACAAUGAAUAUUCUUCAAAUCUAAUGACUAUUUUAUAUUUGAUUUAUCUAGUUGUUAAUUCAUCAAAGUUUUAGUAAUAUCAUUUUCAUAACUAGCUAAAUAGUAAAAGAUGUUCUGUGAAGAACUACUUCAUAAAUGAUGAAAAAAACACAGACUUUCACUUUUCCGAUAGAUAUAUCCUGUAAGUUUCUGAUAUGUGUCUAUGUAGUAAUUGUAACAGAUAGACAGUGGUACUAGUUAGGGACAUCAGCAAUAAAUUUAUACUUCGACUGUGCCUUUCCUAUUUCUAAUAUAUAAUAAACUUGUGAAGUAAAUGGUGGAUGGUCAUGGAGCUCGAUGUAUGUAGCGUAGAAGUUACAUGAUAGAUACUACAUUAUCGGUGUCACGUGUAUUUAAUUACAUUCAUAAUAAGUAUUCUUUCAAGUCAUCUUCAAUAUUCACAUACCAGUUAACAAGUUUAUCAUUCCAACAAAGAAACUAUUAUCUUGUAAUAUUCGGUUAUCUUACUUUUCAGACCAACUGACUUCGUUAUGAAACUCUACGAUUUUCUAAAAGAACUUAUACUUUUAUUACACAACGUCUUCCAACCUUUCAUACUUUACCUUAAAAUUUUAGUAUUUUCUCAGAGUAUAUAUUAUAAUAAAUUAACAAUAGCUAUUAAAAUCAAAACGUAAUGUAGACAUUCUUUUUCUUAACGAACUCUAAGAAUUGAUUAAAAGGAAUUUAGUAAAUUAAGAAUAGUAUUUUCGUGAUAAAAGAAAAUUUCGUGAUAAUGAUGUUUAUUUUUUCGGUACUGACUGUAUAAUAUUUUAAGAAGUAUGAACAAUGUUCAUUAGUUGAGUACAUCUGUUAACGU